AUGUCUCACAUAUUCAGGCACAGGGCUGCUCCUGUGCUGCCUAGAACACCGCGUCUGAGGCCGCAGAAGAUAUCCCCAUACUUUCCCAAACCUCUGGUCGACCCUGAUUCAUGUCUUCCGUUUCCGCCCAUCAAUGCGCCAUCGUUCGGCUUGGUACAAGAGCAACUUGCCCAUGAUCCUUUCCGCCUACUAAUUGCCACCAUUUUCUUGAACCGUACCCGUGGGGGCGUUGCGCUUCCAGUACUAUUCAAAGUGUUUGAUCGGUUCCCAACGGUGGAGGCGAUGGCAUCGACGGACCCGUCAACCCUGGCAUCUAUGAUACACUGUCUCGGAUUCCAGAACCAGCGAGCGAAAAAGUGCAUUGCACUAGCCCAGACCUGGCUGGCCUUUCCACCUACGAAAGGAAAGCGCUAUCGCAAACUUCACUACCCCUGCAAGGGUGACGGACGUGAUAUUGGCGCAGAUGAAACCAUUGCUGACGAUGACGCUCGCGUGGGUUGGGAGAUUGCUCACCUUCCCGGUGUUGGACCCUAUUCUUUGGACAGCUGGAGGAUCUUCUGCCGCGACGAAGUCCGGGGACUUGCCUCGGAUUGGAGAGGUUUGGGAGCUUCCAAGACGUCUUUCAGACCUGAGUGGAAAUCAGUGUUGCCGCAAGAUAAAGAGCUUCGAGCAUACUUGACGUGGAUGUGGUUGAAGGAGGGUUGGGUGUGGGAUAGACACACUGGAGAGAGAACACCGGCGAGUGAACGAGUGAUGCGAGCAGCACGUCGAGGGGGGGUGGCUCAUGAGGAGGAUGGGAAUUGGGUUCUGGAGAUGUCGCCUGUGAAGAAGGCGUCGAAUGGAUUGACAGCAUGGAGUUAA